GAGAAAUCGAAAAUCGCGCAGUAGCUGUCUCAUGCGGUGGUCGGUGGGCGCCUGGGCUUCGCCUGAGAGAGUGAGGAAGGCAGGAGGUGUCGGCGGUGGGCUGAGACUUGCGUGACUGCGUGAGGGAGAGGGGGAGACAGCCUGUUGUUUGUUAGGGUUAGAAUGAAAUGAAAGAGAAUUCAAGCGUCACUCAAGGCCUCAAGCUGUCAAGCAUUAUUUUAAUUUUUUUUUUUUUUUUUUUUUUUUUUUUUUUUAAAAAAAAUACAAUUUUUCCGGGUUUCAGGUCCGGACCUGAAAACCCCGGGUUUAGACACAAACUUUCAACUAUAGUCAUCUCGCCCCACGUUAACAAAAGUACCCUAAUGAUUCGAACACACUCCAUGCAUGCAUCACCCCAAAUUAACGUAACUCUUUAAUUUUAAAAUAAACCUACAAAAUUAUUUAAUUUAAGUCAAAGUACUCUACACUUUAUUUUCUUAUAAAUACCUUCAACCACCUUAACACAACUAACUAAACUAAAACUAACCAUCUUUUCCUUGUUCUCCAUACUCUCUUCCUCUCUAAUCAUUUGUGAUCCUUCACAACAUCAAUCAAAAAUAUGUCAUCGACAACAAUGAAGACGACAAUAAAGGCAAUUGUUGUGGUAGCGAUCACAAUGACUAUGGCCCUUAUUGCUCUAAGUUCCUUUAAUAACAAUUAUUCGCAACAAGAGCACCACGUCGAUGAAGAACAAGACAACAACAACAACGCGGGGUUUCUCCCUUCUAAGAGGGUUAGCCGGUUCCUAGUCGAAAGUGACUACAACCGUCAUGGAAGAAGCUUAAAGCCAGCGGAUCAUUGCCACAAGGACUACGAGGUUUGCGACGUUAUGUAUGGUAAGAACUUCACAUGUUGUGGAAACAAGUGUUUUGAUCUCACCAUUGAUCAGAAAAAUUGUGGGGCUUGCCAUAACAAGUGCAAGUUCACUCACGAAUGCUGCGACGGAAAGUGCGUAGACAAAACCUAUGACAAGAGACAUUGUGGGAGGUGUAACAACAAGUGUUUGGCUGGUCAAUUAUGUGUUUAUGGGUUGUGUGAUUAUGCUUAAUUAAUCAUAUUAUACAUAUGUUAGUUCAUUAUUCAUACGUAUUUAAUUAUUUUGUAAGACGGAUAUUUUGAUCAUCCGUGAGCUAGUACAUAAAUUGUGAUGAAAAUUUGUUACUUCUAUAUAUAUGA